CACUUCAACCUCAAGCACUGGCAUAACCACUUUGGAUCCAUGUUCUCUUGAAGUGCCAGUUGUUGAAGAUCGUUGCAUUGAUGAAUCUCAAGGAGAUGUUUGGGUAGCAUGGGAUAAAGUCAAUGCAACCAACAUUCCCAAUGAGGAUAUCAAUUGUACGGUAACUAUAAAUGGAGUCAUCGUGCAAGUGGGUCUGACAGGAGGCCUAUUUGGAGUAGGACAUUACAACGUCUGUUGCAGUGCUAUUUGCCCAUCUGGUGGCAAACUUGUAGCAUACUUCUCCUUCCAUGUGAUAGCGUCUAACCUUGUUCCAUUUGGCCUUGGGGCUGGAGACAGUGCACUCUCCACCGUCUAUCAAUCAUUCUAUCUGCCUUCCAAGGAUCGGAUCUCCCCAACCUUCACUUCACGGCAGUUCUUUCCCUUUGGCAAUGAGCUCUAUGAGUUUCUAUAUCUUUAUGACAACCCUUCGACGGAUAGUACCAUGUUGGGUACUUUGAGUAAUAUCGUGUCAGCACAAUAUGACAGCUUCUUGGCUAAUUGGGUCCUCGUCAUCACAUGGAGUAAUGUCCAGGCUGUCUCGCUGUCUCCUGAGACCAACACCUUCCAAGCUAUACUAUUGACAAACGGAGCACAUAGUUAUGUUGUCUUCAACUAUGAUCCAUGUGGAAUGAAUUGGGACCCAGCCUACUUAGCUAACCCAAACGUCAUCCAGGGUUUCAACCCUGGGCGGUUUGAACAAAAAGUCUAUGUGGACUUACCGCCGGGGACCUCCGUGUUCCGCCCUGGUAGCGUCGUAGGCAAUUCUGGAAUGAUGGGACGUUGGGUUUACCAGCUGGAUACACUACAAGACAACUUUAUCAAUCCGCGUCUCUUCUGCUAUAAUUGGUAUGAUCAACAGCGAAGUAACUUCUUCCUGGAUUUGUAUGCUGCAAGUGUUGCUAACACCUGUCCGUGCAGUCUGCAGAGUGCUCGUCGGGACAGGAGAUGGGUACCUAUUCCAUACGUCCUGCCCACACAGUUUUCGCUAGGAUUCGAUACUAUUUGCUACGUCCGGCGUUUGCAGUUUCCAUGGUUACCUGGCCCACAAUGUUGCUAUAACAUACCCAGAUGUGAUUUUCUCAGGGGUGUACUGAGUGCCGGAGUUGCUUCAGUCAUGGAGCCAUUUCAAUUAAGUCCUUUGUUCUUCUCAAACAGUCGAUUUAACAGUUGGUUUGAUCAAGGAUUCUUAGUGCGCUAUUACUGCUGUGAGCAGUCUUCAUUGUGUCGUCUGUACAGAAGAUGGAGACCAAUUCAGAGCUGUCGGAGAUAUCGCCCGCCUAGAUGGAGUUGGACCUUUGGCGACCCACACAUGAGAACACUGGACGGUUUGGAGUACACCUUCAAUGGUCUGGGUGAAUACACUAUUACUCUCAUUAAUGAUGACAGUGGACAGAGACAGUUUGAACUACAAGGCAGAACACAGCGAGUGUUGAACUCUGAAACCCAGCAACUCUCUGAAGCUACAUUCUUCACUGGAUUCGCUGCUGAAUACGUUGGUGAUGCAAGGAUUGAGAUCAAACUGAACAGCGAUGGUACCGAUUUGGAAACCAAAGUUAACGGUGCGAGUGUCACACCCACAGCUGAUGGAUUACUUAUUGGCAAUUUCACCGUACUAAGAGAGGAGAAUCCAAUCAAAAUCAUCGCAGUCUACCAGGCAGAUAUUCAGUUCUCUGUUGGAGUCAGUAACAGCUUUGCUGACAUCACCACACAACUGAGUGAAGACUACAUGAACAAAACCAAGGGAUUACUGGGUGUAUGGGAUGGGGACACAAGUAACGAUGCUCUGAGACGGGAUAACACCCAACAAACAGCAACUGGUACAGAUGGAGAACUGUCGGAACAAGACUUCUUUCAAUUUGGUCAAACAUGGGCCAUCUCAGAGAGUGAUUCCCUCUUCUACUACGUUUCACCGGGCGAGAGCUUUUCUAACAUGAACGAUCCCAGUUUCACACCAAAGUUCCUGGACGAUCUCAUGAGUGAAGCUGAUCCGGCAAAGCUCCAAGCUGCUCGAGAUGCCUGCGGAAGUAACAAAGUGUGUUUGUAUGAUGCCUUGGCAACGGGUAGUACGGAUGUCGGUGUGGCAUCUAUGCAACUCAGUGAGCAGAAUUCUAUUGACAAUAUGGCAGCAACCAAUUUCCCGCCCAAUGUCACACUGGUCGAGACAGUUGAGGUAGUUGUUGGACAACCCUUCACACUGCAGAUAGAAGCCGUUGAUCCUGAUGGAGAUGACAUAUCAUAUGAGUUACUGGAGGUGAUUCCAGGGGGGACUGUUACAUCGCCAGGAGGCCAAUUCACAUGGACACCAGCCGAUAGGUCAAAGGUCACCCUUGGCUUCCUAGUGACUGAUGGGAAAGCGAAUGCAACAUUGGAGCCGAUUGUCAAGCUCUGUGACUGUAAGAAUGCUGGUACAUGUCUGUACGAUGAGUAUGUGGAGGGUACUAACGUCAUCACAGAUGGCCGUUUUGGGGUAGUGUUAUGUAACUGCACACCUGGCUGGUCAGGUGACUUCUGUGAGAUGAACUACGACGCCUGUCAAGACAACCCCUGCUUCCUUGGAGUGGCGUGUUUUGAUGAUGACCCACCGUCUUUAAAUUUCACCUGUGGAUCUUGUCCUGAAGGAACGGAGGGAGACGGCAAGUCCUGCAUUGAUAUUGAUGAGUGUGUCGUGUACAGAGAUGAGCCAGCCAGUAAUGGCGGACGUGGAUGUGAUCAAAAUUGUGUCAAUACCCUCCAUAGCUUUAACUGCAGCUGCAACUCUGGCUACUCCUUGUUUGUUGACGGCAAACGCUGCAUCGAAAUCAAUGAAUGUGACCAACAGACUGACGACUGUGCAGUCGAAGCGACCUGUAACAACACCCAAGGUGGUUAUGAAUGCAGCUGUAAUGCAGGCUUCAGCGGAGAUGGCACAUCUUGUCAAGAUAUCAAUGAAUGCAGUGGAACAAAUGACUGCGACAGUGGUGCUGACUGUUCAAACACGAUUGGUUCAUAUAGAUGUCAGUGUCGUCAAGGCUAUGAAGGCAGUGGCUUCACAUGUACAGAUGUGAAUGAGUGUAGCAGGGACACUGAUGAAUGCAACAUCCAAGCAAUGUGUGAUAACACCCAGGGUUCCUAUACCUGCACCUGUAAUGAGGGAUUGUCUGGUGACGGCCGUAACUGUACCAAUGUAAAUGAAUGUGAGGGGUCGACACCAGUCUGUCAUGUGAACGCUACUUGCACCGAUAUCCCCGGCAGCUUCACUUGCCAAUGCAGUGCUGGCUUUAAUGGGAAUGGUACCGAUUGCCAAGACAUUGACGAGUGUGAUUUGGAGAUUGACAACUGCCUUCAAAACUGCAGAAACACUAUAGGCUCCUAUGAGUGUGUGUGCCAUGAAGCAUUUACGCUGCGUGAUGGCAGUUGUGUUGCUACUACAAACUGUUCUGAGAAUUCUAUAUGUGUGAAUGGAGACUGUUACGUGAAUGGUGCAGAUAUAGAGACGUGCCUUUGUUACCGUGGUUACCAAAACUCGUCUGAUCCAAUGGUGUGUGAAGAUAUUAACGAGUGUAAUGCUACUGAGAGUUACUGUGGCCCCUCCUCAACCUGUAACAACACAGCCGGUGGUUUUGAGUGUUUGUGUUCAGCUGGCUUUAGGCAAGGCAAUAACCAGCGGGAUUGUCUAGAUAUUGAUGAGUGUACCCUUCCUGUGGAUGAUCCUUUGUACCCUGUUUGUAUUCCUACUGCAAACUGCUACAAUGACCAUGGCUCAUAUGACUGUCGUUGCAAAUCAGGAUACGGAGGCAAUGGGACACACUGUCAAAAUGUUGACGAGUGUCAGAAUGGCCACUCGUGUGUAGCCGACAGUACUUGUCUGGACAAUGAUGGCAGUUACACCUGUCAGUGUAAUACUGGUUUCCGUGGCGAUGGACUCGUCUCGUGUAUGAACAUCGAUGAAUGUUUGGAGGACCCAGAUAUCUGUCACGCCUUAGCAACGUGUAGCGACACUGAGGGAAGUUACCGAUGUAAUUGUGACUCUGGUUACCAAGGCAACGGAACAUACUGUGAAGAUGAUGACGAAUGCAUGGCUAAUAGCCAUGACUGUGCUUCAGGCAGAGCUGAUUGUGUCAACAACGUUGGUAGUCAUACUUGUACCUGCAUGAAUGGAUACUUGUCUGCUCCAGGAAUGCUACCAGGACGUCAAUGUGACGAUAUCGAUGAGUGUGCACUGAAUCUGGAUUCAUGUGAUGUAUUAGUGAGUCGAUGUAACAACAAUGAAGGCAGUUACGUAUGCGACUGUCUGUCUGGACUUGUAAUGCUGGAUCAGUGUAUUGAUAUAAAUGAAUGUCACUAUCCUAAUACUUGUGGGGCAAUGGCCAAUUCGGAGUGUGUCAAUCUACACCGGAGCUAUGAGUGUCAAUGCAGAAUGGGAUUCUAUCGGCAAAACUCAGAAUGUCUUAGUGGUGUCUCAUACAAUGCAUCGGCUGUGUUUGAUAUCAUCAGUGGGGAAUUGGUUGGUGGGAACGGCUUUAAUCUUGUCGCCAACUACUUGACAUACAGGGCAGAGUUAAAAGACGCGAUUGAAGCAGCUUUCAGGUCUUCUGUUUUGUCUGGUUACUUUGGCGAUGUGGUCAUCUCGGAGAUAUCACUCCUCACUGACUCCAUGGCCUUGUUGAGAUUGGUUAUCAAUCUCAACAUGUCUCAGCCAGAGCAGUUCAUCAUCGAUGCCUUCCUGAGUCAGUUGACAGGGGGCAGUGGAGGUCAGUUGGCUCCAAACCAUAGGCUGGUCAGCUCAACAUUCAUCAUCGGGGAUCCAAAGUGUAACAGCUCACCGUGCACCAACAGUGGGACAUGUGCUGAUGACAACUCGGUAUUACCCGAGGGAUAUACGUGCACCUGUCUGCCAGGCUAUAGUGGACACAACUGUGAAAUUGCGCCGUGUGACAACAACCCCUGUAUGAAUGACGGAACAUGUCGUGUGAAUUCAACUACAGUGACGGGCUAUAUGUGUGAAUGUGCUCUGGGUUACUCUGGACCUCAGUGUCAAACAAUAGUUCCCUGUGAGCUUAGCAAUGACUGCAUGAAUGCAGCAACAUGUGUCAAUGAGUUUGUAAACGCAAGAGGAUAUACAUGCAUGUGUGCUGACGGAUUCAUGGGCGAAAACUGUGAAAAUGAGUGUUCGUUAACUUGUAUGAAUGGAGGAACUAGAGAUCCAGCUACUUGCCUGUGUGUGUGCAGCUCACCAUGGACUGGAGAUACUUGUACAGAGUGUUCUUUAACUUGUAUGAACGGUGCAGCCAGAGAUUCAGAUUCUUGUCGGUGCAUGUGCAUCCCACCAUGGACUGGAGAUACUUGCACAGAGUGUUCGUUAACUUGUAUGAAUGGAGGAACUAGAGAUCCAGCUACUUGCCUGUGUGUGUGCAGCUCACCAUGGACUGGAGAUACUUGUACAGAGUGUUCUUUAACUUGUAUGAACGGUGCAGCCAGAGAUUCAGAUUCUUGUCGGUGCAUGUGCAUCCCACCAUGGACUGGAGAUACUUGCACAGAGUGUUCGUUAACUUGUAUGAAUGGAGGAACUACAGAUCCAGCUACUUGUCAGUGUGUGUGCAGCCCACCAUGGACUGGAGAUACUUGUACAGAGUGCUUGAUAACUUGUGGGAAUGGUGCAACCAGAGAUCCAGAUUCGUGUCAGUGCAUGUGCAGCUCAUCAUUCACUGGAGACAAUUGCACAGAGUGUUCUUUAACUUGUAUGAACGGUGCAGCCAGAGAUUCAGAUUCUUGUCGGUGCAUGUGCAUCCCACCAUGGACUGGAGAAACUUGCACAGAGUGUUCGUUAACUUGUAUGAAUGGAGGAACUAGAGAUCCAGCUACUUGUCAGUGUGUGUGCAGCCCACCAUGGACUGGAGAUACUUGUACAGAGUGCUUGAUAACUUGUGGGAAUGGUGCAACCAGAGAUCCAGAUUCGUGUCAGUGCAUGUGCAGCUCAUCAUUCACUGGAGACAAUUGCACAGAAUGUCCACUGACAACAGCUAGCUGUAUGAACGGAGGCACUUUAGACGAAGAGUAUUGUGAGUGUGUUUGUCCUCUGACUCACAGCGGGGAUCUCUGUCAAGAUUCGAAUGUGUGUUUGACCGGUGACCAGUGCUCGGAUGCUACAACAGGGCGUUACUGUGUCCCAUCAAAUAAUGCGUUCACAUGCCAGUGUCGUACAUACGAUGCAUUUUUCAUGGAAGGAGCCGCAUGCGAAAACCGACGUAGUUUUUCUCUUACUGUCGUGAUCACAUUGUUGACUGAGACAUACCGGUCAGUGUACAUCAAUCCGUGGUCUUCUGCAUUCAGAGCCAAAGCAGCCCUUUAUAAACGACUGGUUGAGUUGCGGUUGAGAAACGACACAGCAACCAGUGAUUUGAUAUCAGCAGACUGUGUUUCCAUCCAAAGCGGAAGUGUCGUGGCUACCAUGGUAUUACUGUUCCCAGCUGCGCCACCAAGAACUGAUGUACAAAGAGUCUUGUCAGAAAACAGACCGUUAACCGAUGUUGACGUAGCAAUAACCACUGACCCACCAGCACUUCGAGUUAAUGCAGUAACAGAUUGUCCGCCAGACUAUUGUCAGAAUGGUGCAAUGUGCGUGAAGUCAGGGUACUACGUGUCUACGUUCACCUAUACCUGCAGUUGUGGGACUUCAUUCGCCGGUGAACGCUGCGAAACAGUCAUUCCAGUCCCCACUGAAGUUCCAACAGCGACAACAACAGAGUCACCAGGUGGCAUAUCAACUGAAGUAAUCGUCAUCAUCAUUGUUGCAUGCGUUGUUCUCUUCCUGGCAGUAGUAGUGUUACUUCUGUGCCUCUGUCUUCUGAUACGACGUCGUUAUAUUAUCGCGUCUACUCGUGGCUGGCAGAAACCUGACGGUCCGAGGAUCAAUUAUGGUCUGUCUGAAUACACCGAUCAGAGUUAUUACCAAGAUAACGGCUAUGAUACAUCAGCAAUGCGAGAUGAAGAGGUUAGAAUGGAUCGUCUGAUGAAUGUUAUGAGUCGUUCACCAUACUUACAGCAGGGUUUGUCAAGCAGGCAUGAUUUCAUCAGACCGUACAUCGUGACCGGAACGGAGGAAUUUUACCAGGAUAACCAACAUUUUGAUGAUCCGAGGGAUGAUGAUGGGAUGGUGGGUCGUGUUGCUUACAAUCCAAUGAUCUACCACUAGACUGAGGUCAAGCUAACCAUAGCAUCAGCUGAUGUGAGAAUGUAUAUAUCUUCAUCUAAAUAGCUGAGUUUAUAUUCAUUAGUCCAAUAACACAUCAAAAUGAUAGGAAAUGGUGCAUUGUUAUUCCACAAUUAUCAUGUAUAUAACACAAAGUGAAUGAAAGAAGCAGAACUUUGGACCAUGAAACUAUUAUAUACUGACGAUAUUAGGAAUAAGAUAAGGACAUAUAUACUGACUAUAUUAUUCAUCACAUAAAGAUGGAAAGUUUGUUUAAGAAAUGUAUUCACUUUUCCUAAUUCUACAAUUAUUUACAUAUUAACACUUUUUAUAUAAUUGCAUUGACAACAAGGUCCAGAUUACUUGCUUAAUGCUUUUAAUGGAUGGUGUAUUAUCCUCAUAUAUUGCCAUUUUAAAUGCAGAGUAUCUUAAAUGCUUCGUAUUAAUUGCUUCUGAUUAAAAUGUGGGCUUGUUUAUCUGUAGUUUUCAAAUUACAUUUUGAAAGUCAUAGAUGUUUCUGAUGGAAAUUUCUCUUCAGCAUAUCAACUCUGAAUAUGACUUAACUGUUCAGUAAUAUGUAAUAUGUUGAUAAUUUCCCCUUCAAAAGUGCUUAUUUUAUGAGCACUUCUUUUAAGCCUCAGUUAAUGACAACCUAAGUUCUUUGUAUACUAUAUACCUUUAAUUAUUAUACAAUGUUAUCAUGUAGUAGCUGUUUAUAUUUUGGGAAUGUGUAUGAAGGUCCGCAAGAUGUUUUUCCUGCAAUUUUCAAAACUUUUCAACCAAAUUACAAAGGAAAAAAUUGCAAUGGGUUAGCCUUACAUUUUAAAUUGAAUUUGGCCAAAUAUUUUCUUUCCUGCAAACGCCUCAGAAAUAUCAGUUGAUGCAAGUCGAACAAUUUUUAGUAUUCAUAUUUUUUUACUUGUUUUGCUCCAAAUUGUUAUUCAUUAUUUCUUUGGAAUGGCACAUCUGCCCAGGAAAUGUGUGGAAAUGUGUCUAAGUGACCCUAAGGCAUCUUUCCUGCAAGUUUUGAGCAACUUUAUUUUUUGACCAAAAUUGAAAAGAAUUGCAAGGGGGUCGCCUUACAUUUUUGAUUAAAUUUGGCCAGAAAUCAACAUUUCUGCAAACAAGUUAGAAAUGCUUAUUGAUACAAGAGAUGUUUUUAAAUUUUAUCUGGUUUUAUAAGAGCUUUCCAGUAUAAAUAAUUGAUUGAAGGAAAACGA